CCCAAACGUAACAACCGACUUUGGAUGAGAAGAGAAAAAACCAGUGAGCGUCUCUCUUCCCUAUUUCGUCACGCGCCCCUCCCCUGUCUGUGUGUGUGUGUGAGAGAGAGAGAGGAGGCCAAAGAAACCCAGCCAAUUAAAUCGGGUUUUUUUCCCUAUUUCUCUUUUGGAGUAUUUCUCUGGGUUUUUCUUCUGUAAUAAAUCCAAAAAUAAUUUCUUCAAAAACCCUACGAAUGCCCAAAUACGUAAAAUUGGGAGUCGUCACCUUCCUCUUACCGUAGUUUUUAUGUUAUCGGAAAUCAAAUUAUCCGCGCCGAGAGAAUUAGGGUUUUAGUUUUUUUUUGGUUUUGUUUUCCCGGGAGGCUGGUUUAUUUUGUUUGCCUACAUUUUGGAAAUUGUUGAUGAUCGAAUUUGUAUAUAAAUAUAUUUGAGAUUGUGAUAAGUAGGGGCGCAAUCGUGUAGUGUUUCGAAUUGGGGCUUAUUUUUUGGAGAGCUAAAUGGAGGGUACGGAUGGAACUGGUGAUGAUCGGACUUUUAGGGUUAAUUUCAGCAGCGAAGGCGUGUUGAAGUUGAGAGAGAAUGUUAAGGAGAAGCUGAAGGAGUAUAUGGGGGAUUACACAGAUGAUACGUUGGUGGAAUAUGUGAUAGUGUUGCUGAAGAAUGGACGGCGGAAAGAUGAAGCUAGGAAUGAAUUGAAUGUUUUUCUGGAUGAUGAUAGUGAUUCGUUUGUAGCUUGGUUGUGGGAUCACCUGGGGUCUAAUAUUAAUCUCUAUGUGCAACCAAAGCAGCAGUCUCAUCCUGAUGGGGUGCUCAAGAAAAAUCCUGUUGCAAGAGAGCAUACUGGCAGAGGUUCUCAGCCAGUUGAAUCUGAAUCUACGAAAUUAAAACAAGAUAAAUCACAGAAAUCUCAGCCAAGUAACGAAUUGAAGGGGCUACAAGUAGAUAAAGGUAAACGGCCCAGUUUACAUAGCAUUGUGGCCGACACAGUUAAUAGCAACCGAGAUAGUCAUAGGGUUAGUCGUCAAAAACAAUCCAUCUCUCCUGAACCUGUUCGCAGAAAACGGAAUCGUCCUGAAGAGCGGCAGCAAGUCAAGAGGGAGGGAGUUUCUCAUGCAAUUAUUGCUGCACCGCGAAGACUGCUGCAGUUUGCAGUGCGAGAUGCAGUUGGCACUUCAAAGCCUUCAAACUUAACAUCAGAGCCUUCCUUAAAACGACUUCGAUCUGUAGUGUCGACAUCAGCAGAGGAUGUGAACCUCAAAGAACAUCCACACAGAAAUCGACCUCUUGCAAGAGUGCCAAAUGGUGUGUCAGCAGCAAUGAGAGCUGUAGCAGAAGCUGCAGAAGAUGUUCAGAGAACUAAGUCAUCGACUAAUGUGUUUAAUAGACUUGGUCAUCGCCGUGAAUAUUCAGAAAACAUGAAUCAGUUAGUGGAACAUGGAAAUGAUGCUGGUGAAGAUGGAGAAUUUAAAACGUAUAAAACUAAUGAAGAGCAAGAAGGAUUAGAUUAUGAUCAGAGACAUAAUUAUAAUGACCGUUAUGUGAGUGAUAGAUCUGCUCUGCAAAGGGAGACGAGGUUGUAUAAUGAACCCUCAUUAGUUGACAAUGAUCUUGAAGUGAACGCAAGAAAUAGAGGAGUAAUGAGUGUGGAUCGUGCUGGAACAUCUGGUGGAGGCAGAGUUGAAAGCUUGCCAUUGGUCCAACAUGGUAUGCCCAGCAAUGCUAAAAAGAUAAAGACUCAGGAUCUGCGUAAGGAGUUGAGGGUGGCUUUAGAUGUAGAUAAUCAGAAGCUAAAACCAACAAACGAAGUGUUUCCUCGUCAGUCUGGCAUGCUACUUAUGAAGGAAAACAGUAACCCUGUUCCAGUUGCCAAUAGCAAUGAAAUAUCUGAAGAUCUGAAGCAAGUCUCUCAAAAGAAUCAGUUUCACACUCCUGGCUUGGAUCCUACGGGUGAACAAACAGAAGAUGAGGACUCUCGGACUCUAUUCGUCAACAAUGUGCAUUUUGCUGCUACCAAGGAUAGCCUUUCCAGGCACUUCAACAAGUCGGGGGGAGUUUUGAAGGUGGUUAUUUUGACCGAUACAGCGACAGGGCAGCCUAAAGGGUCAGCUUACGUCGAGUUUACGAGUAAGGAGGUUGCCGAAAAUGCUCUGUCUUUAGAUGGGACUUCAUUCAUGUCUCGUAUUCUCAGGGUAGUACGUAAAAGUGCAGCACAAGUGGAAGCAACUUCUCUCUCACCUUGGCCCCGUGUUGUUCGUGCAUCUCCCUAUAGUGUUUCCAGAUAUGUGAGGCCUCCUUUUCCGAGAGGAGCUACUGGUGUAUAUCGGUCUCGUUUUCCAGUAAAACCUGGUGCAAGGAGUUUCCAGUGGAAGCGCGAAACUCAACCCUCCACCUCCGAGACAAGUAUUACAUCCCCCAGUAACACUGGUUCUUCCAUUCCUCGGAGUCUAACGUAUGUUCGCCCGGAGGCCAAAGCUAAUGGAAGUUAAGUGCCUGCAAAACUAGUUCUUUGCUGUGCUAUUAAUCAAUUUCGUACUCGGCAAUCUUUGAGGGUGACAGAAACCUAAAACCAUCCCUGAUUUUACUCUAUUGUGCUGAGGAAUUCAGCUAGAGUUGGAGAAUCCUCAUACGGUUGGCAGAUGGAUAUUUCGAGGGUUUUUUUUUUUUUUUUUUUUUUCCUUUGUUCGUUUGCUUUUCCUCUUUUCCUCGUUUUGUAGAUUGAGCAGGUGAAUUGGUGGUGUACUGUGUACACUGGUAGUGGCAUUAUGUGAAUAGGCGAUUCAUGGAUCAAUCAUCGUAUUGGUUUAAACAUUUAGCAUUUCCAGAGAAGAAUUAGAGGGAAAAAAGAUAACACAAAAUCAGAGGGAGAAAAAAUGGAGAGCAGAGUUUUCUAUUCAUGUCAGUUAUUACUUACAUUUUGCUAAUAAUAUCAGUCUCAUUAUUUUGGCGCGGAGUUUUUCUACCUGAUAAAUUUGCAUUUCCCCGUAGAGAUGAUUGAGAAAUUCUCUGUGCAUCUAACUCAUUUUUAUCACCGUGUCUCAAGCUGUUGAACUUCAUUCAGGGUAAUAGAAAAUGUUCAAG